AUGCCUAAAUCAGACUUUGAUUUUACUUUUAAAUUUUUUCAUCCACCACAACGUACUGUUCCAUUUCAUAAUGGUCUUUUGGAUACACGUACAAAACAUACGAUAGCACAAGAUCGUCAUGUUGUUGCUGAACAACGUCUUCUUGAUGCUGAACGACGAAAAUCAGUUAAUACUCUUCAAUUACUUACAUUUGAACAAAAACGACUUGAAAAAAGAUUAGCAUCACUUAGUGGUAAUUUAAAUUCUGCACUUACUAAUCAACCUUUAGUAAUGCGUGGUCGUUCAACAAGUGAAGUUAUUUUUCGUGAUAUGCGCCGAACAAGUUCUUGGACUGGAACAUUACCAAUGCGUCAUUUAAAAUUAUCUGUAAGUUUAAAUAAUAGCAAUCAAAAUCUAUUAACUCUACCAAGAAUGGAUGCUUUUGAACGGCGUUCUUCAUCAUAUUCUGAUGGUGCUACUACGGAAAAUACAUUUUCUACUAGUGAUAUGGAAAGUGGUGAAGAGGGAGACAAUGAACUAAGAAAAAAGUCAAAAACUAAUCGUAAAACUACUAAUUCUAGAAGGAUAGCAGCAAGAAAAACACUGCCGAAACUUGUUGUUAAACAAAAUAAACAAUUGCUACCUAUUGUUGCUGUUAUUCCACCAGAAGAAGACGAUUUGUUUCUUAUAGAAUAA